GAUGAAAAGCCGAAGGAUUCCGUCAUGAGAGCUCUCAACUUUCGAGUGCCUUAGGUAAUCCUCACCAACAGCAACCCCCCCACUUUCGGGUGAUUAUGUAAGACACGGGGAACCGGAGACUUUCGGCCAAAGGCAGGGCCGCCGGUGGUCGUUGCUGUGCAAUCGGGUUAUCGGGAUAAGCCGGGCUGCACGGGCCACAACCAAGCUCCACAGUGUCAGAGCUCCCCCAACGGAACGAAUUCGGAGGUGAUGGAACUCCUGUUAAUUAUUGAGCCGGCAAAAACGAGACCUUUUUUUUCUCCUUCCUCUCGUCCUUGGAGAUCUUUUUGGUUAAUCUGGCAAUAACUUCACGCACUUCUUCUCGUCACCCCUCGAGGUCUUCACGCUUCAAUUGGCUCCGUAUAAGCUAGAAAUUGCGACUUAGACCGCCGUUUCUACUCUCCAAGACCCUUUCUCCAACUACCACCACCAGACCAAAAAAAAAAAAAAAAACGCCCGCCAUGCUUCGAUCGGCACCAGCUCGUCGCGCCGCUUCCGGCCUGGCGAACACACGGCUUACCGUUAUGCCGAGGACAUGCGCAAAGAGCCUCUCCACAUGCUCGACCCGAUACACCUCCUCUUCCCCCGCAGCUCUUUACCCCGCGACGAACUCCAGAUCAACAAACCUCACCAGCCCUUUCUCCCUCCAGAGAAGCAUUCACACCACUGCUCCCAGAAUGGCCGGAACCCGUACCGAGAGCGAUGCCUUUGGCGAGAUCCAGGUCCCCGCGGACAAGUACUGGGGUGCUCAGACUGAGCGUUCCCUCGAGAACUUCAAGAUCAACCAGCCCCAGGACCGCAUGCCGCCCCCGAUCGUAAAGGCCUUUGGUAUCCUCAAGGGCGCUGCUGCCACCGUCAACAUGCGCUACGGCCUCGAUGAGAAGGUUGGAAAGGCCAUCCAGCAGGCCGCCGCUGAGGUCGCUGAGGGCAAGCUGCUCGACCACUUCCCCCUCGUCGUCUGGCAGACCGGCUCCGGCACUCAGUCCAACAUGAACGCCAACGAGGUCAUCUCCAACCGCGCCAUCGAGAUCCUAGGCGGCGUCCAGGGCAGCAAGAAGCCCGUCCACCCCAACGACCACGUCAACCGCUCCGCCUCCUCCAACGACACCUUCCCCACCGUCAUGCACAUCGCCGCUGUCCUCGAGAUCGAGCAGGAGCUCAUCCCCUCCCUCAAGAGCCUCCGCGAUGCUCUGCAGAAGAAGGUUGACGAGUUCGACGCCAAGCAGAUUAUCAAGAUUGGCCGCACCCACUUGCAGGAUGCUACCCCCCUGACCCUCGGCCAGGAGUUCUCCGGAUACGUCGCCCAGCUUAGCCAGAGCAUCAAGAGAGUCGAGUCCUCCCUGCCCGACCUGCGUCAGCUUGCUCAGGGCGGUACCGCCGUCGGCACCGGCAUCAAUACCUUCCAGGGCUUCGCCGAGGGCAUCGCCGAGGAGGUCUCCAAGAUGACCGGCACAAAGUUCGAGACCGCCCCCAACAAGUUCGAGGCCCUCGCCGCCCACGACGCCAUCGUCCAGGCCCACGGCUCCCUCAACACCCUCGCCGCCUCCCUCUCCAAGAUCGCCCAGGACAUCCGCUACCUCGGCAGCGGCCCCCGCUGCGGUCUCGGUGAGCUCAACCUCCCCGAGAACGAGCCCGGCAGCUCCAUCAUGCCCGGCAAGGUCAAUCCCACCCAGUGCGAGGCCCUCACCAUGGUCUGCGCCCAGGUUAUGGGUAACCACGUCGCUACCACCAUCGGUGGCAUGAACGGCCAGUUCGAGCUCAACGUCUACAAGCCCCUGGUCAUCCGCAACCUCCUCCACAGCGUCCGCAUCCUCUCCGACGGCAUGCGCUCCUUUGAGAAGAACCUUGUCGUCGGUCUCCAGGCCAACGAGGAGAAGAUUGCCAGCAUCAUGAAGGAGUCCCUCAUGCUGGUCACCACCCUCAACCCCAAGAUCGGCUACGACAUGGCCUCCAAGGUCGCCAAGAACGCCCACAAGAAGGGCCUCACCCUCAAGGAGUCCGCCCUCGAGCUCAACGCCCUCUCCGAGGAGGACUUUGACAAGCUCGUCCGCCCCGAGCUCAUGAUCGGCCCCAGCGCUUACAAGCAGUAGAGGCGAGCACUGACAACCGGUCGUGUUGAAUGAUGUUGUUUACUUGUUGAUAUAAAGUGGAGAGCUAACCCAAACCCACGCCUUGUGUAAAACUACCUUGCGUAACGAUAUCCUGUUACCUGUGAAAAGGGAAACAAUGCGGU